AUGGAGGGGAGAGAGGAGGACGAGGAGGAGGAGGAGGAGAAGGCUGACGGUCAAGCGAAUGCGCCAGCUGUAGUGGGUCCAGCAGCGCCUGCCCUGGGAGAGGCGAAGGGGCGAGGGAAGAUGGAAGGGGCGGACGAGGAGGAAGAGGAGACGGUCGAUGGUCCAGCGACGCCCCGGGCAUGUAGAGGGUCGCGCAAUGGCCACCCAGGACGGCCGCCCAGAAUUCAAAAGGAGCGGCCGCCUGGCGGCAGGUCGAUAGUCCAGCGAGGCGCCAUGCGUGGGUGUCGUGCGGUGGCCACCCCGAUCGGCCGCACGAUACCAGAAAAAAGCGACCGCCUGGCGGGGAGGUCGAUGGUCCAGCGAAGCGCCAGCAGCAAAAUAUACAUCAUUGAUGCUGAUGCCCACGUUUGUACUUAUUUCGAGUCAGGCGUCCAGGGUCGUGCGGUAGCCACGCCAAAUAGGCCGGCCGCACGAUGUCAAAAACGGGAGGCCGCCGGGCGAUGGGCCGUGUCGCCAGCCGGAGACCGCCGCGCCUGGACGCCGCUCGGAGUGCCCGACCCGCGGUGGGCGAGGGAGGCAUAA